UAUAGCAUUUACAAUAUAAGCAUGGAUUCACCUUUAAAUCGGGCCCAUCAACAAGAAAGGAAAGCAGAAAAACUUAUUUCUAACAAGAAAUACAUGGAGGCUAUAGCUUGUUAUGAAAUUGCUUCAGCUUACAUCAUGGAAGCAAUGGAGGCAACCACGGCUUCACAGGCUUUAAUUUCAAUGCAGUUGCAGUAUGAAGACCACUUACGAAAGAAAAAGUUGCUUCAGGUUAAGAUAGAAAGAAUAGCACGUGCAAAAAUGAAGUCAGAGAAUUGUGAAGAAUCAAAGGCGACAAUUGAGAAAAAUGACAAACAGCAUGACUCUGAUGUUCUACACCAAGAAAGCAUUGAUUCAAGUUAUGAUCUACCUCAUCAGUCAAACCAAGGAUUACAAAUACAAACAGACAGCACUGAAUCAGAGAAAACUGUUCGCCAAUCUAGUAUUGAGGAUUUACAGAUGCAAGUGUUAACUCUAACGCAAGCAUUGGAAGACUCGAACCGUGAAAAUAAUCAUUUGAGAAAUAUAGUUAUACGUUUUAAAGACAUUUUACAUGAGAAAUUUGGUCUUACACAAGACGAAAUUGAAGGAUUGUUGAUAGAGGAUGAAACAGAACCAAUUGCAACAUCACAGUGUAGCAAUAUUGACAUUCAAAAAGAUUCACCUGACUAAUAU